GUUGUAUGGUGUAUGUGGUUUCAGUGUUUUUAUAAACAAUAUGUAAUUUUCAUCACAAAACACGAAUCGAAGUGAUAAAUCUCAAUUGGGAGACGUCAAGUCAGGUAUUUUAGAUGAAACUGGCCCGCCACAGAGCUCGAAAUUCGUCUACAAUGGACAAUACCGAAAGUGCUACCGAAUUAAACUGUUACACACGAAAUUCUACAAGGUGAACCAGUCACCAGAGUGGAACACAGUAGUCCUCAGUAACAUUAUCGGCCCCGUUUAAAAUCCGAUUGUUCUAAUGGUUCUCAGACAAAGGGAGAAUAAGAUGACUUCGGAACAACCAUUGAAGAAGAAGUUGAGAAGAGGUGAUGACACAGAAACUGCAGACGAGACUGACUUCAUCCCCACAGAUUUGUCGGUGUUGCACCUGACAAAUGAGGAGGACAUCACUAGGAAUUCAGUGAAUGCCCAGUUCCAUGGAGAAAAGUCAGUGUAUCAGACUAGUGACAAUAGUGAAAGUGAAACUGAAAAAAGUGAUGAUAACCUAGUGACUGAGUCCUCAUCAGGUAACUUCUCAUCACCAGACAGUUAUGUUUCAACCUCCCCAUACAAUGCCAAUAGUGAAAAUAUAUCAAUAACACCAGCUCCAGAUAUAAUUCAGGAUUAUCCCUAUGUGAAUAACAGUUGCUUGCCAUUAACCUUUCCUGUACAGAAUAAUAUAAUUAAUGCAAGUUAUUCAAACCAUGACAGACAUACACAGUCCAUGUCCAUUGCAACUGAAGGCAGCUCUAGUGAAUCCUUAGGUUUAGAUGAAUUUCAAGAGAGACUUAUUAAACAAUGUUUGUGUGGCAUAUCUGAAGCCACUUUAAGAAAACCAUUUGAAGGACCUCAAAUUAAUGACAGCUCUGAUAGUAGAACUGCUAUGCUAUCAGAAUGGUCAACAAAAAGUGUCUUGCAGUUCUUAUCAAAUCUGCAAUUGUUGUUUGAUGUAUAUUUGAAGCAGAAUAACAAUGGACUGAUUUGCUCAAAGAUUGUAAGAAUAUGUGACACAAUUGUACAGAACGAAUACAAUUUGAUAGAACAAAUUAUUUCUCUCUGUGAGACUAGAGACAAAUACAUAAACUUCCUGGCAGCUAGAGUUUUAAGCAGCUUACUGAUCAUUGCCAAAACCAACAUUAACAAUGAAUGGCUGGAAACCAUUCUUAACUUUCUUACCAUGGAGAAUAUUGACUAUGACAAAAUUAUUUUUGCCUUGGAAGUUGUGAAAAGGGUGGUGGAAUGGAAAGACAUUGAAAUCCAUGUCUUGGAAGACAAUGAAUCAAAAGAUAUUGCAGGCCCCAGUAGCAGUUCUGAGUUUAAUGUCAACUGUGAAACAGAAUCAUUCAGUGAUGCUGAAAGUUAUGACACCUCGGCAAUUAAAGGUCUUAUUAUCAGAAGUUUGGAGUCAAAAUGGCCAGAACUGAUACAUAAAAUCCAAAAUUUGAUUAGUAACAACUCAUCAGUGCAAGCGCAGACAUGUAUACUAACAUUUUUGGCUUUAUGGGAAAGUACUAUUUCUGUUAAGGCUAAUUUAAGUGUGGUGGAAACUAAGCCAUUCUAUGCACACUUUGAAAUCUUCGUCAAGAAACUGAGUGGGAAUUUGUCACCUAUAAUAUGGAAACAACUGCUCAGUCUGUUCAAUGAAGUCCUCUGUUAUGGCAGCACCUUAGCUCUUCAGGAUAUGCUGCCUGAUGAUACUUGUCAACUUGCCCAUCUAAUAGUAAGAAGGGUGAAAGAUCACAGACUAUUAGAUAAUUUACCAUUUAGGAGGGAUGGAUACACAGUUAAUAGUUUUGUGGGCACAAUAUUUAGCACACAACCUGACCAAUCAAGUAUUGAUAGGACGCUCCUGCAAAAAAUCGUACUAUUAGUUUUAAAAUCUGUGGCCAUCACAAUUAAAGAGACAAGAUCAGAUAGUUCAGACUCAAGUAUAGGAUCUGAUGACUAUGACUUCUACCACAAUGAAAUGCCUUUAAUAGAAAGGUCUAUUAGAGAUGUUCUCAGAAAGGUGGACACUUUUAUCAAGAACAGUCUGGAUUUUCAUCCUGAGGCAUCAUUCCCCAAAAUUCUUGUACACUUGUUUAGUGAUCAAGAUGACUACAUGAUUGAAUCCAUGGUCUGUACAUUAGAUAUAACAGUGGGAAUCUCAUACAGAAAUGCAGUAUUUCCUGAUCUUAUUAAUAUGUUAAAUCCAAUUCAUUCUUUCAUAGAGUUCCUGAAAAUAGUCAGUCAUGAUUAUGAUGUUCUCCUUGAUUAUUUAAUUAGCAAUGAAACAUGUUUUCUGUUGUACCUUUUAAGAUUCCUUAAAUAUACAAGAAGGAACUGGUCGAGAUUUUUAAGCAGUUGUGGAGAAGGAAAUGAACUUGAUAAUGUGAUGACUGUGCUUAUUAGAUUAAAAAUGCAAAUUAGUAGGUUGGUAUCACAAGAUCUUUUCCCUUAUAACAUUAAUCCAGUGUUGAGACUCUUGGAAGUAUGUGAGAAUUUGUAUGAGGGUAAUGAGUACAGUUGAUGUUUUCAUUAGAGAUAAUACUGUUAAUUUUAUGUUUAAAUUAUGGUUUAUAUUUAUUUGUGUGUACAAGAAGGUGAUAUUUUUAAAACACAAUUUAACUGUUGUUAAUUUGAGCCUUUGGUAUUUUAUAAUUUAAAUCAAUGAACUCAAACUACAAAUUAUGAAUGUUGUUUUAUUAUUCACCAUUGCUUGUUACCACAAAUUUGUUUGUAAAUAAUUAGUUGAAGUAAUAAACUAAAAAAUGCAAUAUAAAAAUUUAAUUGUAAAUAAUUACUUUUAAUUUUUAUAAUUUAAUUUUUGGAAUUUGCAAUAAUAUUAAGAAUUCUAAAGUAGCAUAAAUUGGAUUUUUUAUGUAAAUUAUAAUUGUUAAUUUUUAAUAUGAACUGAAUAUAUGUAAAACUGAUGUAAAUUGUCAUGCAACAAAUCACCAUUUGACAGAGAUAUAUUUAUAAUAAGCAGUGUAAUAUUUACUACAUGUAGCAGAACUUGUUAAAUCAAAAUAAGUGAAAUUGUUCUACUGUGAUCACUCAUUUCAUGUAAUGAGUUUUGUUUGACUUGUAUAUUCUUAUUUUCAGCUCCUUCAACAUUUUAUAAUUUAGUCGUACUAUAUACAAACUUUGACUGUAUCAGCCUCCAAAUUUAUGUACAAAAUUUUAUAGUUUUAGGUUUAUGUAUACCAAUAGUAUUAUUUUAAUAGACUAAAUUAUUUUUAUAUUAGCUUUGAAAACUUUAAUUAUAAUAAUGUAAAUAUUACUUAUGUUCUAACUUAUUCACAUAUUUAUUUUCUAAUGUUUAAAGUUGUAAUUAAUGUAAAUUACAGUUACCCUAUAAUUUUGUUGAUGUAAAUAAAUAAUUUAAUUGAAACAGUGAGGUUAAAGAGUUAUUCUUGCAUAGAUAUUCUACUUUGCAACAAAAAGGGUCACAUGUUUAAGUGACACCAAUAUUAGUAAAAUGUAACCAAAAAACGGAGAAUAUUACAAUUGUCAAAUAUUUUGUAUAUUUGUACCUAUAUAUUUUUGUAAUAAAAA